AGGCAGAAUUUCAGCAACAACAUGAGGGUCCACGUACUGGCUAGUCUCUUACUCGUCUUGGCAAGCAAUGCCUUUGCCAUGCCACCUGCUUCUAAGUUCCAGAGAUUCCACUCUAUGGUAACAGAAGACGACAGAAAACUAUUCAACUCAACAGAAGGAUUAUGGUUUUUAGACGAUGAAGGACGACUUGUUCAAGCUACCCUUGAUAUGCCAGCUACGCGCGAUUCCUUGUUUGUAUCUAUGAAUACGAACGUUAAGUUCGAGUUGUUUACGAAAGAUUUGCAUGCACCUAUUUACAUAGAUGAUGUCAAGACAUUGGAGCGACUCAACUUCGAUCCUACACGUGAAACUAAAUUUAUCACUCACGGUUGGAUAAAUUCUGGAAAUAGCAAAGCUUGUACAUUAAUUAGAGAUGCGUACUUGAAACAAGAUGACUACAACGUUAUUGUUGUCGACUGGAGUAAGAUUACCAUCAGACCUUACGGUUGGGCUGCUACUCACGUUCUAGAUGUUGGAAAACACGUGGCUAAGAUGAUCGACUUCCUAGCAGACCAAGGUGUAAAUCUAAAAACAGUCACUCUGACUGGACACUCACUUGGAGCUCACGUGAUGGGUUUAGCUGGAUACUACGCCAAAAGCAAAGUUAACUACGUUGUCGGUUUGGACCCUGCUCUUCCUCUAUUCAGUUUAGCCGGACCAGGCACUCGAAUUUCGAUGGAAGAUGCUACGCACGUGGAGAUCAUUCACACCAACGCCGGCCUUCUUGGUUAUCUGUCAGCCAUUGGUAAGGCUGACUUCUAUCCCAACGGAGGCAAGAGGCAAAUAGGCUGCUUGAUCGAUCUUGGAGGUGCCUGUUCCCACGCUCGAUCCUACGAGUACUUCGCCGAGUCCAUCACCACGGACUCUGGAUUCUACGGCAUGAAGUGCAAGAAUUACUCGAGCUACCUCAAGGGCAAGUGCGAGGACGUAGUUGGCUUGAUGGGAGGAGCUAAGCCUUACCUGCCGUACACCGGCACCUACUACCUCGACACCCAAAGGAAGAAUCCCUACGCUAAGGGCAAAACCAAUCCUUAAUGUGCACAGGAAAUCGGUCGCGAUAGUUAAUUUACAAGCAACUGUCACAUAAAGUAAUACCAAGUAGCUUACCUUGUAAGUAGUCUGUUAUAAUUAGCUAGCCAAUAUUCGGCGGGACAGGAAUGUGGAGUCUAGUCAUAGUAUUCACAGAAUUCGAAACUCGGAAAAUUGUACAUCACUGAAUUUUCCAAACACUACCAUAUCGACAAAUAUUGUGAUACAAACAUUUUAUAAUACUCAUAGAUAUGAGGUAUUAUAAAAAUAAAAAUCGACUUGUAGCAUAAUGAACUGUAUAUUUGUUAUUUUUCUAUUUUUAGCAAUAAAAUUUUAUUGAAUUUA